GAAGGUGGAGGAGGGGAGGCUGCCCCAGCUGAGGUGUGAUGGGAAACAGCAUUCAAACCUGAGGACGGCUGGUUUUAUAGCUUCACUGGUAGAAAAUCAUCUUUGAUUCUAGGAACGUAACACCGCAUCGUCACACAGCUAUCGUUUGGGGUGCGCUGGGAACUAGGGUCAUGGGGGCUGGGGAACCUUCUAACUUGGAAAUCGUCACCACUAGGUUUGAAGGAAGCGCGGCCCCCCCCUCGAGAUGCCGUUCUCUUCCUUUCAGGGCACGGAUGGAGCCCCGAGGCGGUGGGAGCUCCCAGGUCUCGUGGGGCAGGGGCGGCAUGUGCAGGGUGGUGCCCGGGGCCUGAACCCAUGAAGACCUCACCGGACCCAUUCUGCUGCCCUCCAGUGCCUCUGCUGACUCCACAUGGAAAAUUUCCAGUACAGCGUCCAGCUGAGUGACCAGGACUGGGCCGAGUUCUCAGCCACCGCCGAUGAGUGUGGCCUCCUGCAGGCCGGCCUGGCCUCUGGGGACGAGCCCUUGUCCAGUGACAUUGACCAAGGGGACAGCAGUGGCAGCAGUCCCCCCAGGGCCCCACCUCUCCCAACUGGGCAGCCAGCUGCAGGAGGGCGGAGCCGGCGGGGCUGCGAGGAGGAGGACGUGGCCACACAGCAGCCGGUCAGCAGGUCUCAGGGUGAGCCUGUCUUGGCCCUGGGGACCGGUCAGCAGACACCCAGCACGUCCGCACGGGCAGAAGCUCCACCAUCCCUCGGCCCCGGCGCCAGCCCUCCCGGCCAGUGCUCAUCCUGCCCUGGUCCGGCGUCUUCUGGAGACCAGAUGCAGAGGCUGCUGCAGGGCCCUGCCCCACGGCCCCCUGGUGAGCCCCUAGGGAGUCCCGAGUCCCCUGGCCACAGCACUGGCUCCCAGAGGCCCCCCGAUAGCCCUGGAGCCCCACCACGGAGCCCCAGCCGAAAGAAGAGGCGAGCUGUGGGUGCCAAGGGGGAUGGGCACACAGGAGCCUCUGCUUCUGCCCAGACGGGCUCCCCGCUGCUCCCUGCGGCCAGUCCUGAGACGGCAAAGCUGAUGGCCAAAGCCGGGCAGGAGGAGUUGGGGCCAGUUCCCGCAGGAGCUCCUGAGCCUGGCCCCAGGUCCCCUGUGCAGGAAGACAGACCAGGGCCAGGUUUGGGCCUGUCUGCAGCUGUCCCUGUGACUGAGCAAGGCACAGACCAAAUCAGAACCCCGCGCCGAGCCAAGCUUCACACAGUGUCCACGGCCGUCCGGGAAGCCCUCCCAGAUGUCUCAAGGGCUAAGUCAGACAUGGCUGUGUCUACACCUGCCUCCGAGCCGCAACCUGACAGGGACAUGGCUGUGUCCACACCUGCCUCCGAGCCGCAACCUGACAGGGACAUGGCUGUGUCCACACCUGCCUCCGAGCCGCAACCUGACAGGGACAUGGCUGUGUCCACACCUGCCUCCGAGCCGCAACCUGACAGGGACAUGGCUGUGUCCACACCUGCCUCCGAGCCGCAACCUGACAGGGACAUGGCUGUGUCCACACCUGCCUCCGAGCCGCAACCUGACAGGGACAUGGCUGUGUCCACACCUGCCUCCGAGCCGCAACCUGACAGGGACAUGGCUGUGUCUACACCUGCCUCCGAGCCGCAACCUGACAGGGACAUGGCUGUGUCCACACCUGCCUCCGAGCCGCAAUCUGACACGGCUGUGUCUACACCAGCUUCUGAGCCUCAGUCCAGUGUGGCUCUGUCUACACCCAUCUCCAAGCCACAACUGGACACGGACAUGGCCGUGUCCACACCUGCCUCCGAGCUGCAGCCUGACGUGGCUGUGUCCACACCUGCCUCCAAACACGGCCUGGAUGUGGCCUUGCCUACAGCAGGCCCAGUGGCUAAGCUAGAGGUGGCUUCAUCUCCACCUGUCUCGGAGGCUGUGCCGAGGAUGACCGAGUCCAGCGGGCUUGUGUCUACACCUGUUCCCAGCGCUGACGCCGCUGGCCCCGCCUGGCCUCCCACCCGCAGAGCUGGGCCUGAUGUGGUGGAGACGGAGGCGGUUGUGUCUGAGCCCUCAGCAGGGGCCCCUGGAUGCUGCUCUGGGGCGCCCGCACUGGGUCUCACCCAAGUCCCCAGGAAGAAGAAGGUGCGUUUCUCCGUGGCUGGGCCCGGCCCCGAUAAGCCAGGCUCAGGAGAGGCCUCAGCCCGGCCCUCAGCCCCCCGGACAGCAACUGGGGGCCACGGGGGGCCCGGAGCCUGGGAGGCUGUGGCUGUCAGGCCCCGGCCCCACCAGCCUCGGAUCCUCAAGCACCUGCCUCGCCCCCCUCCCUCCGCCGUGACGAGGGCCGGGCCCGGGAGCAGCUUUGCCGUGACCCUCCCGGAGGCCUACGAGUUCUUCUUCUGUGACACCAUCGAGGAGAACAAAGAGGCUGAGGCCGCAGCGGCCGGUCAGGAUCCGGCAGGCGUCCAGUGGCCGGACAUGUGCGAAUUCUUCUUCCCAGACGUUGGAGCCCAGAGGUCGAGGCAGCGGGGGUCCCCGGAGCCGCUCCCGAGAGCUGAUCCUGUGCCGGCCCCCAUACCUGGAGACCCCGUGCCCAUCUCCAUCCCUGAGGUCUAUGAACACUUCUUCUUCGGGGAGGACAGGCUUGAGGGCGUGCUGGGGCCGGCUGUCCCGCUCCCACUGCAGGCCCUGGAGCCUCCCGGGUCGGCCUCCCAGGGGGCGGGGCCUGGGACCCCCCUCAAGCCAGCCGUGGUAGAGCGGCUCCACCUGGCUCUUAGACGGGCAGGGGAGCUCCGGGGGCCUGUCCCAUCAUUUGCCUUCAGCCAGAAUGACAUGUGCCUGGUGUUUGUAGCCUUUGCCACCUGGGCUGUGAGGACGUCAGAUCUGCAUACCCCAGACGCCUGGAAAACAGUCUUGCUGGCCAACAUCGGCACCAUCUCUGCCAUCCGCUACUUCCGCCGGCAGGUGGGGCAAGGGCGCCGCAGCCGCAGCCCCAGCCCCAGCUCCUAGGAGCCAGGCCUGGGCCAGGGAGAUGCAGGAUGAGGAGACGACCACAGGCGCCCAGGGCAGGACGAGGUGCCGCCUUCGCCCGGGCCCUCUGACCCCUCUCUUCUACUGCGUCCAGGAGGGGGGCGUGUCCUGGUGCUGCUCCCUCCAACUCACCCGAGGAUCCAGCCAGUGGCCACGGCCACUCCCCACGCCUGGGAGGGGAGGUGCUAAAGUCUGGGUGG